AUGGACGAAAGCCUUUAUCUCAGCGGAAUCGUCAAUUCCGUGACAAUUGUUCACCGGCGUGACGAACUGAGAGCCACGAAGGUCUUGCAGGAACGCGCCUUUGCCAACCCUAAGUACAAGUGGCUUUGGAGCCACGUAGUAGAAGAAUUUACGGGCAACGAGGCUCUCGAAUACGCCAGGGUUAAAGACCUGAAGACCGGUGAGGUUUACAAUUACCCCACUGCCGCCGCUUUUAUCUAUGUUGGCUUCCAUCCCAACACGGAAUACCUCAAGGGCCUGCUGGACAUGGACCCACUGGGUCACUUAUACACUGACAUCCACAUGCGUACCAAGGCUCCCGGCGUGUACGCCUGUGGAGAUGCCCGCGCUGAUUCAACUCGCCAGUUGGGCGCCGCGGUGGGUGACGGCAUUACCGCUGCCCUCGCCGCCUAUCAUGACCUGAGCGGCGCUUAA